GGCAAUGCGAGCUCAUCGGUUAAAUGAAAAAUACGCACUAAAACAACAAAAGAAAAACAAUCCCGAAUCUUUUAAAAUCGAUUCCUUUCUUGAGGCAUCAUCAUCAUCGAUCAAUUUGGGUGACGCUUUAUUUUCAUCAAUAAAUACUAACACGGCGAUUGGUGGAUUAGGAGGUAUGUUAUUCGGGGAUGAGGAUAAUGGCUUGAUCGAAGAAACCACUUCACCGCUCCUAUUGUCCGAAUCAUCGCAAGGUCCCUCGAUACGGACAUGGAUUCAAGUUGUUGAAUCUAACCUGAAAGAUGAAGGUAGCAUCGAAUCAAAGCUUUGCGACGAAACGGUGUCGAAAUUAGUAUUAGAUGACUCCCCGGAAAAACGUCUGAAAGCUACAUGGCCAAAAAAAUUUUCGUUUUUUCCUGCCCAAUAUGUAUAUAUAAUGGAAGAGAUAUUGGAGGAGGAAAGGACGUUAAUUGACCUCAAGAAGUACGGGCAUUACUUAAACAUCCCGGCGGAAGGGGAAUACGUUGUGGGUGAGGAGAAUGAUGGUGAAUCGUUCGACUGGGCUGGUGAGAAAUACGAGAAAUCUUGCUUGCCAAAAGGUGAAUACAGUGGUGACGUCCGAAAAAGUGUAUUAGCGAAUGAUGGGGUCUCCCAAUUUGAUUUUGGUAUGGAAUGGGGUACGAUAAUGGUUUUUACCUGCUCUAAAGAUUGUAAUUUGGACGAGGUUGGUGAAGACAGCGUUUCAUAUUACGAAGAAUUG